CUUCUUGUUGAUGCUGCAUGGCGGAAGCAGACGUGACAGAGUAGGAAUCGCUUUCUCUUGUAUGGGGCUCGUGUGUUUCUAAGUACGUGUAGUUUAGAUUACAAACCGACUCCCGAGCUGUAUCCUCAGAGGCAGAGUUGGAGCUUGUUGAGAAAAUACGGGCGUUUUGUUUGCUUGUCGGUUUGCUAGCGUGGCUGCUGAGAAGUUUGGAGAUGUGCACUCAGACGAAGGCUGCAGCUCUGAUGGCCAACAUACCGCGGGCAGACAUCGACCCGUCCGGCGUGUUUAAGUACGUCCUGAUCAGGGUUCACAGCAGAGAGGAAGGAGACGACUCGGAGAUAGAUAUAGUCCGAGGAUACGGCUGGGCGGAGUACCAUGCUGAUAUCUAUGACAAAGUUUCGGAGGAGCUUGAAAAGGACGGCCACCUGGACUGUGAGUGUAUCGGAGGAGGGAGAAUCAAACAUGAUGCCCAGGCUAAGAAGAUCCACGUCUAUGGAUACUCCAUGGGAUUUGGAAGAGCAAACCACGCUGUUACUACUGAGAAACUAAAGGAUCGGUAUCCGGACUAUGAGGUGACGUGGGACAAUGAAGGAUACUGAACUGAGACCAGCUUCUGGUGGACUCCCUUUCUCCUGGACUGACAUAGUACUUACCUGUAACCCUUCAUGAGAAUGCACAACAUGUCAUUAAAAACCAGACAGAGUUUGAUAAUGA